AUGAAGAAAUUGACAAAACCAACCAUUUUAGGAUGUAAAAGAAAAUCUUCUCCAGAAAAUAAAGACACCAUUAUACAGUCACACUGUAAAUGGGAGUUGUAUAAAAGUAAUCAACGGACACCUGGGAAUGAUAUCAGCAUUACACCUAUUACGGACGACAGAACAGGUACUGAAGUUCGUAUAGAUAGGUCCAACAGGUAUAAAAGUAAUAAGCGGACACCUUUGAACGAUAUCACCAUUGCACCUACUACGAAUGACACAAUAGGUGCUCAAGUUCUUAUAGAUAAGUCCAACGAAAGUACAGUUACGACCUUAACACAUAAUGCGAGUACUUCUAUCAUGGAAUGUCGCAACUUAAGCAAGGACUUCAAUGAAGCAUGCACAGAAGAAGAUACCACUAUUACUGAAUCAAUUGGAAGCUUGCAACCAAACAGUGGUGCCCCACCAAAGUUUGCGCAAUUGUACAUCCAUGACACGAACAAUGAAAUUACGAAUCGUGUCAAUUCAAUAAGUGUGAAUGGAACUUUCUCAGCGGAUGUACAAUUAGCAGUGGUCAAUGAUAUUAAGGAAGCGUUAGAUGAGCACAAUGUCUUGGUAAAGUCUUUCAAAAUGGCUAGGAAUGAGCUGCAAAAUGAUAGUACAAGAGAAAUAAUGGCUAGGAAUGAGCUGCAAAAUGAUAGUACAAGAGAAAUCAAAAUGAGACUAAUAGCGCAAAAUGAUAGUACAAGAGAAAUCAAAAUGAGACUAAUAGCAAAAAGAACAACUGAUGCCAGGACCAAAAUGAGACUAAUAGCAAAAAGAACAACUGAUGCCAGGACAUAUAAUUUGCCAACAGUAUCGGAGGUUGCAACCCUAAUUGUAGGUGACCUUGAUCCAAACAUGGGGGUGCGAGAUAUUUUGGUUGAGUGUAAAUCAGGGAAAUUGAAGAGAAUUAAUGAACUAAAUUCGGCAUACUUACCAUUGCAGUAUCCUAUUCUUUUUCCGUAUGGAGAAGACGGUUAUCGGGAUGAUAUCCAAUUCAAUACGACCAUUACUCAAGCAGGUGGUAGCAGACAACGUAUAACUUCUCGGGAGUAUUUUGCAUAUCAAAUACAUGAAAGGAGAAGUACAUUGUCUACUUUAUUGCAUGCUAAAAGGUUGUUUCAACAGUUCUUGAUUGAUGGAUAUACAAUGGUGGAAUCCGGUCGUCUUUUAUUCAUACGUAACAACCAAAAGGCUUUGCGUUGUGAAGUAUACAAAGGUUUGUCAGAUGCAUUGUUUAGAAGAGAUAUAGACCCUGCAACUCAAGGAAAAAGGAUAAUCUUGCCAUCCAGUUUCACAAGCGGUGCAAGAUAUAUGAUUCAAAACUACCAAGAUGCUAUGGCCAUAUGUCGCUGGAUAGGUUAUCCCAACUUAUUCAUUACAUUCACAUGUAACCCCAAGUGGCCGGAAAUUCAACGUUACAUGGGAAUUAGAGGCUUGCGAGCUGAAGAUAGACCUGAUAUUGUUGCCAGGGUUUUUAAGAUGAAGCUAGAUGCAUUAAUUAAAGAUUUCAAGGUUGGAAAAUUAUUUGGACCGGUCAAAGCAUUGAUAUACACAAUUGAAUUUCAAAAACGCGGACUGCCGCAUGCUCAUAUUGUCAUUUUCCUGGGAUCAAAUGCUAUCGUUUCAUCUCCUGAGUUAAUGGACUCCUUAAUCUCAGCUGAAAUACAUGAUAAAGAAAAUGAUCCUGAAUACCAUCAAGCAGUUGAGGACUUUAUGAUCCAUGGUCCUUGUGGUGUUGCCAGAAAAAAUUCACCUUGCAUGGUUAAUGGGAAAUGCUCUAAACACUUUCCAAAGAAGUUUGUNAAUCAAAAUGAGACUAAUAGCAAAAAGAACAACUGA